AUGGAAUAAAUAAUUUAGAAUGAUAAUUUAGUGAUCUUAUAGUAAAAAAUAUUAAGCUAUCCAAAAACAAGUGAAGAUCUUAAAGUACUAUUUAUAUUUAUGAUAAGACAAUGGCAUCAAUUAUAAAAGUUACAUAAAUUUACAACAAAUUAAAUGAACUUUAUCAUCAACAACUAUCGCAAGAAGGAUAAAUAAAAGUAAAUUGAUAUGAUUUGAUUAGCUCUGCAAUUAUUUAGAACUUAAAAGUUAUGAACUUGGUUAAUAAGUGUAACCAAGUCAAAACUUUGCAGUAUAGCUUAUUCUAAAAGGAUAAAUCGAAGUUUAUUAUUUGGAAGAAGGAUACUUCUAUAACCAUGAAAAAUACCUCUAAACUUUAGAUCCUUUAUUUUACAUAGAAGAGGACUUUAUCUUUGACAAAAUACAAUAUCAGCAAAAUCAACUUAUUUAUAAAGCAUCCUCUAAAAAUUCACUACUAUUGAUGAUAAAUAAAAAAGAAUGUGAUGAAAUUUAUAAAUAUUAUGGGGAGAUAUUUUUGUAUAAACAUAGAACUUUAUGCAAGAUAAUACCAGGUUUGGGAGAAUUGAAUUCUAAAAGAAUAUUAGAGUCUCUUGCCAAUCAAUUUGAAAAUAUAAUCCUACCAAAUUGCACUUAAAUUACAGAGUAAUAAAAUAAGUUUAAUUAAUUUAAGGGAAAAUCAAAUAGGAGAAUACCUGUUCUUUUUAGCAUAAGGUCAUGCAUCUUUUCAAAAAAAUAAAGAACAUAUAUUUAAUAUGGAAGAGAGUGGGAUAAUUGGAGAUGAAUUAUUAGUUGAUCCCGAUUAAGAUUAAAAUAGUUUAUAAACUUAUUACUAUACUGUAAUUGCCAAGUCAGCAUAAGUUUUACUAUAUAAAAUCAAACUUAAGAUAUUUUCACGCCUAUUUCCAAAUGCAAUUAUUAGGCAAAUCAUUACUUAACAUAAGUGUAUACAUUGAUUCUAAAUUUUAGAGAAAUAAGUAAUAAGAUUACUUGUUGGUAGCAAACCAAUCGAGAAAUAAAAAUGUAAUACUUCGCCAAAUAAUGAAAUUAAAAAGUCUAAAUCAACAUUGAUUCUUACAAAAGACACAAUAAAGGCUUAUGAUAAAGUAGACAUAGUAUUUUAAAAAUAUUAAGUAGAUAUCUUAUAAAAAAUUAGGUACCUAAACACAGUCGAGUAUUAAAAUUUAACAAUAAUUUAAUGGAUAAGUUCCAUAAAAAGUUGAAAAAUACAGGAAAAAAAAUUACAAUAAAUGAGUUUGUUUAGUAAACAAAAUAGAGCGAUGAACCUCAAAUGAAAUUAUUAGAAAAAGUUGAGAAUCCAUAUAAUUUUGCCUCAAACGUAAACACAGAGGGAUUUCUAAAGAAAUAUUAUUCGAAUCUCAUAAGAAUUGGAUUAGUAAAGCCUCCUUUAAGAGUAGCUCCUUAAAAUUAUGAAGCUAUUCAAAGAUCAAGAGUAAUUUCAGCAAUGAAAUUAAUUGAGCAUACUCAUAAUUAAUUAAAACCCAAGAGAGCGACAAGUGCCGCUUUCGGAAAAGCGGAUCCAUUACUUUCAAUAAAUGCUUUAGUGUCAACAAAGGAGAGUGAGAUUAAUGUUAGCGCUCAGAAACUAAUUGAAAAAAAUAAAACAAUGACUACAGUUUAUCCUACUCCAAGAACGUAAUCAUAACCUUAAUUGGGUUAUCAUACUAAUGUAACUCCAAGAUAUUCAUCUGUAAUGGAAACACCUAAAUGUGAUACUCCUUAAUCAAGAUCAACUAUGGCUAAAUCAUCAUAGCAAGUUUUUAGACCAUAUUCCGGAUUCAUGGAUCAUACUUCACGAUUGUCUUAAUAAUCAGAAAUCAAUAAAAGGUUAAAGAGGCCUAAUUAACAUUUUUUUUGA